AUGCUGCGGCUGCUGGCGUCCGGCUGCGCCCGGGGCCUGGGGGGCGGCGGGGGCGCGCGGGGGCUGGUUCCCGGGGGCCGCGCGCGUCCUGCGGCGGGGCUUUGCGACCCCGGCAGCAGCCAGAGCCGCCAGGCCUCCGACACCCCCCGGAACCAACCUCCCAGCUCCGAGUUCGUGGCCCGGUCGGUGGGCAUCUGCUCCAUGAUGCGGCUGCCCGUGCAGGCCUCCCCCGAGGGGCUGGAUGCCGCCUUCAUCGGGGUGCCGCUAGACAUUGGGACCUCCAACCGGCCCGGGGCGAGAUUUGGACCCCGACGGAUCCGCGAAGAAUCAGUGCUGCUUUGGACAGCCAACCCUAGCACAGGAGCCCUCCCCUUCCAGUCCCUCAUGGUUGCAGACCUAGGCGAUGUGAAUGUCAAUCUUUACAACCUUCAGGACAGCUGCCGCCUAAUUCGAGAGGCCUAUCAGAAAAUUGUAGCAGCUGGCUGUAUUCCUCUGACCUUGGGUGGAGAUCACACAAUCACCUAUCCUAUAUUGCAAGCGAUGGCAGAAAAGCAUGGGCCUAUGGGGCUGGUGCACGUGGAUGCACACAUGGACGUGGCGGACAAGGCCCUGGGUGAGAAGCUCUAUCACGGGACGCCCUUCCGCCGGUGCGUGGAUGAGGGACUCCUGGACUGUAAGCGCGUGGUACAGAUCGGCAUCCGGGGCUCUUCCAUGACUUUGGAUACCUACAGAUACAGCCGGAGCCAGGGCUUCCGGGUGGUCCUGGCUGAAGACUGCUGGAUGAAGUCACUGGUCCCUCUGAUGGGAAAAGUGAGGCAGCAAAUGGGAGUCAGACCCAUUUAUAUCAGCUUUGAUAUCGACGGCUUGGACCCUGCCUAUGCCCCAGGGACGGGGACGCCCGAAAUUGCUGGUCUCACCCCUAGUCAGGCUCUGGAGAUCAUCCGGGGUUGUCAAGGCCUGAACGUGGUGGGUUGUGAUCUUGUGGAGGUUUCACCGCCGUACGAUCCUUCUGGAAACACAGCCCUCGUGGCGGCUAACCUGCUGUUUGAGAUGCUGUGUGUUCUCCCCAAAGUGACAGUCGCCUGAAUCUUGUGCUACGAUGUUCAAGAUAAAACAAGAGCUUGCCUGGAUGACAAAUUCUCCAGAAGAACUUCUGUGCAAGCAAUCUGAGUACU